UUUAGAGUCAAGUUGAGCUCGGAUUCCUCCCAUUCUCACAGAGGUUUCCCUCAGUGCUGGAGGAGCGAGAGAGAGAGAGAGAGAGAGGAGGCUCUCACACUUUCACUCGGGAGACUGACGGACUGUUACAGAUUAAUUAAUGAGCAGCUGACUGUGUCUGUAAACAUGAAGAUCAGGCUGUCUUUGGCUGCCGCUGCACUCUUUGCUAUAUUACUGAAUUCAGUAGAGGCUCAAGUGGAGCCUCCUUCAGACUUGAAAUUUAAAAUCCUGAAUGAAAACACAGUGCAUAUGUCAUGGAGGAGACCUUCGUCUCAGAUACAGGGCUACAGAAUACAAGUCAUAUCAGAUACAGAUGAUUUGAAAGAUUUCAGUCUUCCUUCCUCGGCCACAGACACAUCAAUCACAGAUUUAACUCCAGAUGUAGACUAUUCAGUGUCAAUCAGUUCAUUUGAUGGUCUGGAAGAAAGUAUCCCUAUCCUUGGACAAAUAACAAUUCAAUCCAGCAACACAAGUGGAACGAAGAGGCCACCGUCAGAGGCUGUCAAGUGUUCAGUGAGUGCUAUAGCAGAUCUGGUAUUCCUGGUGGAUGGCUCUUGGAGUGUGGGAAGAGAAAACUUUAAAUACAUCCGGAGUUUCAUCUGGGCCAUGGCCGGAGCUUUUGACAUAGAAGAGGAUAAGACCAGAGUGGCUGUGGUACAGUACAGCUCAGAUACCAGGACAGAGUUCAACCUGAACCAGUAUUACAGACGGCCUGAUGUCCUGCGAGCCAUUAAAAAUCUGCCCUACAAGGGUGGUAAUACCAUGACAGGAGAUGCAAUGGACUAUCUGGUGAAAAACACGUUCACUGCGGCGGCUGGAGCCAGGAAGGGAUUCCCAAAAGUAGCCAUGAUCAUCACGGAUGGAAAGUCUCAAGAUCCAGUUGGGGAGUACGCCGAACGCCUGAGGAACAUUGGAGUAGAGAUCUUUGUCCUGGGUAUCAAAGGAGCAGAUGAGGAUGAGUUAAAGGAGAUGGCCUCCGCUCCCCACAGCAAGCAUAUCUAUAAUGUCCCAAACUUUGACAUGAUCAAUCAGGUGCAGAAGGAGCUCAUCACUCAGGUGUGCUCCGGUGUGGAGGAGCAGCUCAAUUUGCUUGCAAGCGGAGAGGAAGUUGUUGAACCAGCUACAGAACUCAGAGUAACUGACAUAUCCUCCAAAUCCAUGAGAAUCACGUGGCAUUCGUCUCCUGGUGACAUCACAGGCUAUAAGCUGCAGGUCUUCCCCAUGAUUACUGGCGCCAAGAAGCAGGAGCUCUACACAGGGCCCACAUUCACCGUGGCCAAUGUCAGAGACCUGUCUCCUGAGACAGAGUAUGAGAUCAGUCUGUUUGCCCUCAAAGGUCUGACCCCUAGUAAGCCACAAGUGGUCAAUGAGAAAACACAGCCUGUGAAGGUGUCUACAGAGUGCUCCUUAGAGGUCGAGGUCCAAGCUGAUAUUGUCCUCCUUGUUGAUGGCUCGUACAGUAUAGGACUGGCUAACUUUGCUAAAGUUAGAUCCUUCCUUGAAGUGCUCGUGAAUUCUUUUGACAUCGGACCCAACAAAGUGCAGAUCAGCUUGGUUCAGUACAGCCGGGAUCCUCACACUGAGUUUGCCCUGAACAAGCACAGUGACAAUGCAGCUGUGCUCAGUGCAGUCCGCACCUUCCCCUACCGUGGAGGCUCCACCAACACUGGCAAGGCCAUGUCCUACGUAAGGGAAAAGAUCUUCAUUCCAGCCCGUGGUGCUCGUGAUAACGUGCCCCGAGUCAUGGUGCUCAUCACAGACGGCAAGUCCUCUGAUUCUUUCAAAAACCCUGCCAACAAACUAAGGGAUGCAGAUGUGGAGAUUUUCGCCGUGGGAGUCAAGGACGCCGUGCGCUCCGAGCUGGAGGCGAUUGCCAACGCUCCUGCUGAUAACCAUGUGUUUGAGGUGGAAGACUUUGACUCUUUUCAGCGGAUCUCCAAGGAACUAACCACAUCCAUCUGUCUAAGAAUUGAGCAGGAGCUCCAUAACAUCAAGAAAAGAAGUUUGGUUCCACCAAAGUCGCUAAGCUUCUCUGAGGUCACCUCCAGAAGCUUCAGGACCUCGUGGAUUUCUGACGGAGAGGAUAUCCUGUCUUUUCUGGUGCGUUUCAGGCCAGCGGCUGAUUUAACUGGAGACUACAUCUCUUUGGUGGUUCCUCAUGACACCUCCUCUACGAUUUUGCCCAAUCUCACGCCCUUGACCACUUAUGAGGUUAAUGUCAUCGCCCAGUAUGAUAAAGGAGACAGUUUUCCCUUAAUAGGGGAGGAGACGACUUUAGAAGAAUUAGGCUCUGUCCGUAACCUCGUGGUGAGUGAAGAGACUGUAGACAGUUUCCGCGUGUCGUGGAGAGCCGCUCCAGGAGCAGUGCUGAGGUACAGACUGUUGUAUGAGCCAGUGGGUGGAGGAGAUAAACUGGAAGCACAGACUGAUGGGAGUCAGGUCACCAUUGUGCUCCAUGAACUGCUACCCGUCACAACCUACCGUGUCACAGUGUACCCUGAGUAUGCAAGUGGAGCGGGUCCCUCUAUGGACACCGAGGGCACCACCAAAGAAGUCCGGGGCUCUCCACGUGACCUGAGGGUCUUCAACGAGACCGUGUCCAGCAUGAGGGUCUCAUGGCGAGCCGCUCCAGGCAAUGUGCUGCAAUAUCAAGUGGCCUACAAACCUGAUGGUGGGGAAAGGAAAGAAAUGUUUGUUAAAGGAGACGCAACAACUGCUUUGCUGAGAAAUCUGUCACCGGACACCGAGUAUGAGCUCUUCGUUAGUGCUCGUUACACCUCUGGCCUCGGAGCACCACUGAUGGGAACAGGCACCACUCUGGAAGAAGUCGGCUCAGCUACAAAUCUAGUUACUUCGGAUGUGACUGAGAGCAGUUUUGUAGCAUCCUGGACUGCUGCCCCUGGCAACGUCCGCCUUUAUCGUGUCACCUGGAAAUCCCUCUUUUCAGAGGAAGCUGGCGAGAAAACUGUCUCUGGGGACUUAACCACCACUGUUCUGGAUGGACUGACACCAGAGACCCGCUACAAGGUUUCUGUCUACACUGCCUACAGCAGUAAGGAGGGGGAGCCACUGCAUGGAGAGGAGACCACAGAUGUGUCAGCCGCUGCCAGAGUUGUUACGGUUUCAGAAGAAACAGAGAGGACCAUGCGAGUGACAUGGCAACCAGCACCUGGCAAUGUUGUCAAUUACAGGGUCUCAUAUAAACCUCAGGGUGAGACACGCCAGUUGGCCUCCAAAGCACCAGGGGGCACCAAUACUUUAGUUCUGAGACGACUGCAGCCACAAACCCCUUACGAUAUCACAGUGGUUCCUGUCUACAAGUUUGGUGAUGGAAGACAAAGACAAGGAGAAGGCACCACGUUGUCUCUAUAUAAAGCUCCCAGAAACCUGCAAACUUCAGAGCCCACUAAAACCAGUUUCAGGGUGACCUGGGAUCAUGCUCCUGGGAAUGUAAAGGGCUACAAGGUCACCUUCCAUCCCACCGGGGAGGAAAGGGACCUGGGAGAGUUGCUAGUUGGCCCCUAUGACAACACAGUGGUUCUGGAGGAGCUAAGAGCCGGCACUAAGUAUUCAGUGAGUGUGUUUGGUAUGUUUGAUGGAGGAGAGAGUAUGCCACUGGCUGGAGAGGAGAAGACCACCCUCUCUGACGCCCCAGAACCCCCAACCUUUGAUACUCCAGAUAUAAUGUGCAAAACUACAGCCCAGGCUGAUAUCAUCCUGCUUGUUGAUGGAUCUUGGAGCAUUGGUCGUCUGAACUUCAAGACCAUAAGGUCUUUCAUUGCUCGCAUGGUGGGUGUCUUUGACAUCGGGCCGGAUCGUGUCCAGAUUGGUCUGGCACAGUACAGUGGAGACCCAAAGACUGAGUGGCACCUAAACGCUCACAGAACCAGAAAAGAGCUGCUGGAUGCCGUAGCCAAUCUACCCUACAAAGGAGGAAACACUCUGACUGGCCUUGCUUUAAACUACAUCCUUCAGAACAAUUUCAAGGCUAAUGUUGGAAUGCGUCCGAACUCUCGGAAGAUCGGCGUCUUGGUUACUGAUGGCAAGUCUCAGGAUGACAUCAUCGCCAACUCUCAGAAACUACGUGACCAGGGCAUUGAGCUGUAUGCCAUUGGUGUGAAGAACGCAGAUGAGAAUGAGCUGAGAUCCAUUGCUUCAGAUCCCGAUGAGAUCCACAUGUACAACGUGGCUGACUUCUCCUUCCUGCUGGACAUCGUGGACGACCUGACAAACAACCUGUGUAACAGUGUCAAGGGUCCAGGAGGAGGCCCCGAGCCACCCACUGAUCUAACGACCUCAGAAGUGACCCAUUACUCCUUCCGAGCCACCUGGGUCGCCCCUGAAGGCCCCGUGGAGAAGUACAGAAUAGAGUAUGUGAGCAUCGCAGGAGGAGGGGAACCACUACAGUUGUUUGUCGACGGGACGGUGACGACUGUUGUCUUGGAGAAUCUCACUCCGCUGACGGAGUACAUCGUGAAGGUUCACUCAGUGGUGGGAGAGGACAGCAGUGACCCCCUCAAAGGAUCAGAGACCACAUUGCCUCUCAGUCCUGUGAGGAACAUGAACAUCUACAAAGAGCGCUCCACCUCCAUGAAUGUGAGAUGGGACGCGGUCGAAGGGGCCACAGGCUACAUGCUUCUCUACAGCGCCUUUAAUGCCACUGAUCCCUCUGUGGAACAGGAGAUGCGUGUGAAAGGAACAGUCACUGACGUCCAGCUGAAGAAGCUUCGUCCCAACACCGCCUACAGAGUUUCCAUCUUCGCCCUGUUCGGCGAUUUCGCCAGUGAACCUCUCUCUGAUCGGGGGGUGACCCUGCCUAUUCCUCCGUCCGGUGAGCUGAGGAUCACAGACGUUACCCACAGCACCAUGCAGCUGGACUGGGAUCCUGCGCCCGGCGCCGUUCGUAAAUACAUCAUCACUUACAAGCCAGAGGGAGGAGAGUCGAAGGAGCUUGAAGUUGACGGAGCUCUAACCUUUAGAGGACUGGAUAAUCUCAUUUCCCAAACGGAAUACGAUGUGGCUGUGACUCCUGUGUAUGAUUCUGGGACCGGAAACCCAAUGCUUAACCAAGCCAUUACAGAUGUUGUCCCCGCUCCGAAGAACUUGAGGUUCUCUCGAGUGACCCAGACCAGUUUCAGGGCUCACUGGGAGCACGGUGCUCCUGAUGUCUCCCUCUACCGCGUCGGCUGGACCAAGAGUGGAGAGAACAACUUUCAAUAUGAUAUCUUGAACAGCGAGGACACCACUCUCCUUCUGGAGAACCUGGAGCCAGACACCCUCUAUGAUGUUUCUGUCACUGCCAUUUACCCCGAUGAGUCUGAGAGCGAAGAUCUUCUGGGCAGCCAACGCACAUUAUCCAAGGUUAUAACACCCGCUCCUAGCGGACCUCCUCAAAACCUCCAGGUGUUCAAUGCGACUACCACCUCCCUCACCGCCAAGUGGGAUCAUGCUCCUGGAAAAGUGCAGAACUAUAGGAUCACCUACAUACCGGUUGCAGGAGGAAGAUCACAAACGACACAGAUUGGAGGGAAGAAAAACACUGUUAUUCUGCAGAAACUGACUCCAGACACUCCCUACUACAUCACGGUUGCUGCAAUCUAUGCAAAUGGAGAUGCCAAAGACAUUUCUGGCCAAGGAAAGACAUUAUCGCUGGGCAGUGUGAGAAACCUUCAGGUCACGGACCCCACGGUCAGCACUCUGAAUGUACGCUGGGAGCCGGCUGAAGGGAGCGUACGGCAAUACAGGAUUUACUACCAGACCGUCACAGGGGGCGCAGAAGACAUGGUCCAGGUUCCUGGAAGCUCCACCAGUACAGUUCUGAAGAACCUACAGUCUGAUACUGAGUACACAGUAACAGUGGUACCAGUAUACGUUCCUGGAGAGGGCAAGCGCAUGUCAGAGAAUGGAAAAACCCUGACUCGGACCCCUGCCAAGAACAUCCGUGUUUAUAACCCCACCACAAACACCCUGAACGUGCGCUGGGAGCCAGCCUCUGGAGAUGUGCUGCAGUACCGGGUCGCCUACUCCCCCCUCUCUGGAACCCGUCCCCCUCAGUCUGUGCUCGUUCCAGGGAACACCCACACUGCCUUGCUGGAGCAGCUGGAUUCAGACACAGACUACGCUGUGAGUGUGGUGGCUCUGUAUGCUGACGGCGAGGGCUCUUCUGUGUCAGAUAAUGGGAAAACACUGCCCCGCGGUGGCCCCAGGAACCUGCGUGUGUAUGAUCCGACCACCAGCACGCUGACCGUCAGCUGGGAGCAUGCAGAAGGCCCCGUGCUGCAGUACCGCAUUGCCUAUGCACCCACCACUGGAGAUCCCAUCGAGGAGUUUACAAGUGUCCCUGGCAACAGAAACUCUGUCAUCUUGCAAAACCUGCAGCCAGACACUCCGUACAACAUCAACGUGGAGGCCAUUUAUCAAGAUGGACCUGGAGGAGGUCUCUCUGGAGAUGGAAAAACAUUGGGUCUGCUGGAGCCUCGUAACCUGCGUGUUUCUGAUGAGUGGUACACUCGUUUCCGUGUGUCCUGGGACUCUGUACCUGCAAGGGUCAACGGUUAUAAUCUGGUCUAUACCCCAGUGGGCACGGAUAACACCAUGGAAGUGUUUGUUGGAGAUGUUACUACACACAUCCUGCACAACCUCCAGCCUGGAACCACCUAUGACCUGAAGGUUUACGCUCGAUAUGAUGCAGGCGUGAGCGGCGCUCUGGUUGGACAAGGAACCACCUUGUACCUUAAUGUGACAGACCUCAACACAUACAACGUCGGCUAUGACUCCUUCUGCAUCAGAUGGACGCCUCACCGAGCCGCCACCUCUUACAGACUCAAACUUAAUCCCUUCAAUCCGGCUAACCGUGGGGCUCAGGAGGUCACUAUCACUGCCGCUGAGAGCCAGUACUGUUUUGACGGGCUGACGCCAGAUGCACUGUACAACGCCACAGUCUACACACAGACCCCUAACCAGGAGGGCCCCGGAGUCAGUGUCAAAGAGCGCACACUGGUGAAGCCCACCGUAGCCCCAACACCACCUCCAACUCCUCCACCACCACCCACCAUCCCUUCUGCACUCGAGGUGUGCAAAGGAGCCAAGGCUGACCUGGUGUUCCUGAUCGACGGCUCGUGGAGUAUUGGAGAUGAGAGCUUCAUUAAAGUCCGUCAGUUUGUCUUCAGCAUGAUCGGAGCGUUUGAUGUCAUCAGCCGUGAUGGGAUGCAGGUGUCUUUUGUGCAGUACAGCGAUGAAGCUAAAACAGAGUUCAAACUGAACACCUACCACGACAAGGGGAUGGUGCUGUCCGCCCUUCAGAUGGUCAGAUACAGAGGAGGAAACACCAAAACGGGUGUUGCGCUGAAGCAUAUCGGAGAGAAAGUGUUCACAUCAGACAGUGGUAUGAGGAGAAACGUUCCCAAGGUUCUGGUCGUAGUAACUGACGGACGUUCUCAAGAUGAAGUGAAGAAGAGUGCUACUAAACUACAGCAUGCAGGCUACAGUGUGUUUGUGGUGGGUGUCGCAGACGUAGACACCGCUGAACUGAGGAAUAUUGGAAGCAAGCCCAGCGAGAGACACGUCUUCAUUGUUGAUGAUUUUGACGCGUUUACUAAGAUCCAAGACAACCUCAUUACGUUCAUCUGUGAAACGGCAACAUCCACUUGUCCUUUGAUUUACCUUGACGGAUUCACAUCCCCAGGCUUCAGGAUGCUGGAAGCCUUUAACAUCACUGACAAGACGUUUGCUGGCAUGAACGGCGUCUCCAUGGAACCUGGCUCUUUCAACAGUUACAUUGCAUACAGACUCCAUAAGGAUGCAUUCAUUUCCCAGCCCACAAAGGAAAUCCAUCCAGAUGGUCUUUCUCCCUCAUACACUCUGAUUCUCCUCUUCCGUCUCCUCCCCGACACCGGCAAGGAUGCGUUUGAUUUAUGGCAGAUAUCAGAUAAGAACAACAACCCAGAGGUCGGGCUCACCAUUGACCCCUCCAGUAGAAUCAUCUCAUUCUACAAUAAAGAUUCCAGAGGUGAAAUUCAGAAAGUCUCCUUUGAUAACGACCAAGUGAAGAAGGUUUUCCACGGCAGUUUCCACAAGCUUCACAUUUCUGUUUCACCGAAAAAUGUCAAACUCAACAUUGACUGCCAAGAGGUGGCUGAGAAAGAGAUCAAAGAGGCCAACAACAUAUCCACAGAUGGCUAUGAAGUCCUUGGAAAAAUGGCAAAGUCUGGCGGUUCAAGGAAGCAGUCAGCCACAUUCCAGCUCCAGAUGUUUGAUAUUGUCUGCAGUUUGGGCUGGACAAGUCGAGACAAAUGUUGUGAUAUUCCAGCAAUGAGAGAUGAAGCCAAAUGUCCCGCUCUUCCUCACUCCUGCACAUGUGCUCAGGACAGCGUUGGUCCUCCAGGCCCUGCGGGCCCUCAGGGCAGCCCUGGUACAAAAGGCCCACGAGGUGAGAGGGGAGAGUCUGGCCCCACGGGCUCAAUGGGACCACAAGGGGAGCAGGGCCAACCAGGACAAAUGGGACCACCAGGCCCACAGGGCCCUAAUGGACUGUCUAUUCCUGGCGAACCAGGGCGGCCUGGACCUAAGGGAGACCCCGGUGACCCAGGUUCACCUGGACAGCGGGGCUCUAUUGGCGCUCCAGGUCCACUCGGCCCUGUUGGACCUUCUGGAGCAAGGGGUCCACCUGGAAAUGAAGGCCCGUCUGGACCAAGAGGUCCAUCGGGAGCAAUGGGACCACCAGGAUCACCUGGAAUGCCGGGAAUGUCAGGAAAACCAGGAAAACCUGGAGACACUGGCCCCCCGGGAUCUGUUGGCAUGAAAGGAGAGAAGGGUGGAAGGGGAGAUACUGCAUCACAGAAUAUGAUGCGCUCUGUAGCAAGACAAGUCUGCGAACAACUAGUCAGCAGACAAAUGAGCAGAAUCGACAUGAUGCUGAACCAGAUACCAAGUAACUACAGGAGUAAUAGUCCCGGUCCUUCUGGACCUCCAGGCCCGCCUGGCAACCAGGGACCCCAUGGAGAGCCAGGUCAGCCAGGACCCAACGGGUUCCCAGGAAAUCCAGGUUUACCUGGGUCUCCAGGAGAAAGAGGAUCGCCCGGAGAGAAGGGUGAUAGAGGAAGUCCAGGCAUUGGCACUCAAGGACAGAGAGGAUUACCUGGACCUCCUGGGCCACCGGGGCAGUCUCAGGUAGGACCCCCUGGUCCCUCAGGCUCAGCGGGGCCCCGAGGCCCACCAGGGCGGCAGGGUGGACCCGGAGUCAGAGGACCACCUGGACCUCCAGGAUAUUGUGACUCCUCUCAGUGUGCAGGUAUCCCUUACAAUGGACAGGGUUACCCAGGUUUUGCGUAGUUUGCUAUCUAGACUGCCUGAUCCCUUGCACAUCCCGCGUCAGCGAGAUUAGCACUCGCUCCGAGCUAACAAGGAUAACCACCAUGGAUAUGAUUGCUGAAUGCUGGCCAACUCUUAAAAAAAAAAAAAAAAACCCAAUCAAACCAAAGAAAGGACUGGAGUGCCACUAACACCAGCUGUGCGCUACUAUAUCAUACUGGAGCCAGUGAUGGUUAUAUACCCGUGGCCCGUUUGCAUCUAGAGCAGCAAGAAAGAGCUUCGUUUUGCUGAGAACGCAUGUGAAACUACUAACAAUGAGCGUUUAUGUUAACAGUGUUCAACAGUGGUAGCUCUUUAUGAGGGUGAAAUGACUGUAAAUAAACUAAUUGUGCCUUGUAAAUGUUAAUAGAUGACACAGUGGGCUAAAGUUAACAGGUUAACAGAAGUGAUCAAGCUUGCUCCUGAUAACUUGCUUCUUGCUGACGUUUCAUUUUCAUUUGUGGUUUUCAUCUUUGAUGAUAUAUGUAAAAUGAAAGUGUGUGCUAUUAGCAUAUGUAACCAUGAAGUUUUAGGUAUAUUUGCAGAGUGCUACGGUUUCCUGUCAUUGUUUGAUAUUGUGAUUUCUAUACUUAUAUGAUCCCUCACAGCAAGUUUUCACAAAUGCAUUCUUUUUAUACACGUAUGUUAGAUUAGUGAUAGUUUAAGGGGGGGAAAUCGAACACAAGGUUGUGGACAACCGCCAUAUGGGUUUAGUUUUUGGUUAGUAUAGGACUUUUUGUAUUACUUUUAAAAAUAUAUAUAUUAUUAACACUAUGUAUGAAUGAAUAGUUGAAAUGACAUGCUGGAACACAAAAGCACAUGCUCAGCUGGCCAAAUAAUAUUUCCAAGCAGGCCCCUACCAGCCAGAACCUGACACCUACGUAGUGCCCAUUCCAGCCCAGCCGUCGGAAGAUAUCCAGACACCAGGUUUACGAAACCAGCGUGGAAAAAGAUCGCUAUCAAGAAAGGAAGCUAAAAGAAUAGAAUCAUAGA